CAAAUAUGGCUGCCCUUCAGGAGAAAGAGCCUCCCUGGCCAACUGGUCUCGAUGGUCACUGUUUUAUUCAUUUCGCGGGUAAGAAGGGCAGGGAAACAAGCUUGACUGUGCAAUCGGCAACCAAAGUUUUUGACUACUGUCAUAUCUGGAAAAACUUAGAUGGAAAAGAGCAAAAGGUAGCAUUGGAAGUGUUGGAUAAACAUCCAACUCUCAAUAACCUCAACGAAGAUGAGCUCAAAAUACUUGGUCUAUGGUACCAUCGAAACUGCUACAGUAUUUUCUGUAACAAAGAGCAUGUUAGCAGAGCAGAAAAACGUAAGUUAAAAGCCAGAGAGACACAGCUGGUGGUAGCAGAAGAGAAGGGACUUAAGCCUCAAACUCCAAGCCACCAUCUUUUGCGAUCAUCAAUCCCGUCUUCGUCAGGGUCAGAGGCAGCUCGUAAUGUCCAUAUAUUGCCAGAAAUUUGCAUCAUAUGCAAGAAAAAAGAUGUCUACAAAAUGGAUAAGCGAUCUGGAAAAAGAACUCUAGCAAAAUUAGUGCUUGCUGAGACAGUUGAUGGAGGGUUACUGCGCAAAACAGCUGAGGCAAAGAAGGAUGAGAAUAUUCUCCUCCUUAUAAGAGACAAGGACUGUGUGGCCAUUGAAGUCCGGUACCAUCGACAUUGUCACCUUGAAUAUUGCAGACCACUAACACGAUUUGAGAAGGCUGAUGCACAAGAUCCUCUCUAUGCCAAGAGCUAUGACAAUUUUUGCAAGUCUGUAAUUGAAGAGAAGUUGCUUAAGGGAAAGAAGAUUCUAAGGAUGUCUAAACUUCAUAGUUUGUUUCUGAAAACAGUAAAUGAAGUAGAAUCUAUGGAUGCAUCAAAUUAUCGUCCCUUCAGUCUCAAGAAGAGAUUGCAAAAGACGUUCCCACAGCUUGUCUUCCAUAAGCCACACCUAAGAAAUCAAAGCCAAUUUGUUUUUCUUGAAGAGCUAUCCCAGGAAAUGGAGCCAGAAUCAGAUUUUGACUCUGAUGAAAGUGAGUUAGACUAUCGCGACAGCAAAAGUGGAGCCCAUUGGCAAUCUGUUCAUUUAAAAGAUAUCUACAUGGUUUCCAUGGAGCUAAGAAAGGCAAUUAGAGAAGCACCAAAAAGAUUUUGUUCAAACUGGCCACCAACUGCAUCUGACAUAACUUCAGAUAAUGUUUCUAAGAUCAUGCCUUCAUUACUGUAUAAUUUUAUUGCAUGGACUGUUGGGUUUUCUGAUGAGCCAUGUACCUCCAGCUGUGUAUCACUCUCUGAAGAGCUUGAUGUCAAAGUUAAAAGCCUCUGCCAAGAUAUUAUAUUUGUUGCAUCAAAAGGUAAAGUGCAAACCCCAAAGUCGCUAUCCCUCUCAAUGGCCGUAAGACAGCUAACACGGUCCACAGAGAUGCUAAAAUUACUAAAUGGCUUUGGCCAUUCAUGUAGCAUUGGGGCCACUCUUACCUAUGAAUCUGACCUAGCUAGGCUUGCAAUGAAAGCAGACUGUCUAGUUCCUAAGGGCUUUGCUAAAGAGACUUUCACAACUCUUGUCUAUGAUAAUGAUGAUUUCCAAGAAGAAGCAAAGAAUCAGACCCACAUCACUGCCGGAAUCAUAAUUCAGAAAGAGAGCUCCUUUCAUGAACAAGAGCCAUCUUCAUUUUGUAAAAAAGGGAAAAGGUCUGUGGAGGCACCACCUGUGAAUAUUCCACCAUAUAAUCUGGGAAAAAGAAAGUCACCAGAUUUUGUUGAUGCUGGAUUGCUUUUGCUUAAGGAAAGUGAUCACAAUCACCAUCAAUUUUAUGCAGGAAAAAUUGACUUUGCCUACAUCCUGAUGAAAUUUACACAAAACCCUAGUCAAGAACUUCUACCAGGCUGGACAGGCUUCAACAUGCUUUUAAAUGGACCAGUUGUUCCAAGUGUUUCCCAUAUAGGAUAUCUGCCAAUUAUUGAUUCUGCUCCCACUGCAUUCCCAACAAUAUUUGCCAUUCUAUCACAGAGCUUAAAGAUAGCCAAUGAGCUUGCAGUUAAAUACCUUGUUCUUGUGUUUGAUCAAGCAAUCUAUUCCAAAGUCCAACAAAUCAGGUGGAAGAAUAAUUCUUUUAAGGAGCGGUUUGUUAUAAGAUUGGGAGACUUUCAUACUGUUAUGUCAUUUUGCGGUGUAGUUGCAAAGCGAUUCAGAGAUGCAGGUUUACAGGAUAUUUUGAUAGAGUCAAAUGUGAUUGGACAAGGAUCUGUAAAGGGAGUCAUGAGUGGAAAACACUACAAUCGUAGCAUCUAUUGCCAUAAAAUUUUCAAUGAUGCUCUACACAGGUUACGUUUCAGUGCAUUCUUAGAAUCUCUUGGAGCAAAUGCAGAAGAGAUUAAGCUGUUUGGUCAGAGGAUCAGAGGACACUUCCCAGAUACAGAGUUUGACCAAGAUAUUUUUGGAAAAGAGCUUGAAUCCAUCAUGGAUCAAUACAAGUCUUUCGUUUCACACGAGGCUGAAAAUAACCCAACCUUUGCUUUUUGGAGUAGCUACAUUGAGCUAACAGACUUGCUGCUUCGAUUUUUAAGGGCAACACGUGAAGGCAAUUGGAACUUACACCUUUCCACACUGCGGUCCAUGCUCAAAUGGUUCUUUGCUUAUGAUCACACAAAUUACUCUAGAUAUGGUACUGCGUAUUGGCUAGAGAUGAUAAGCUUGCCACAAACACACCCUGGUUUAAAUGACGAGAUUUCAAAAAACUGGACAGUCCAAAGACAGGAAAGAUACGGAUUCUCGUCAGUGGCAUGUGACAUGACCAUUGAGCAAACCCUAAACAGAGAUUCAAAGACUAAAGGAGGGAUCAUCGGGAUAACACAGAAUCGUGGUGCAUUGCAUAGGUGGCUACUUGCUCAGUCAGAACGAUCAGCAAUCUCCCGCAAAUGUGCCGAAAUGGCUGGUAUAGGGCAAUCUAAAAGGAACAGAAAAGAUUUAGACCAGCCGCAAAAGACACGAAAUGAGAAAGAUGUCAAAAGUAUCGAGUCAACUUUGAAAAAUAUGAUCAAUCCAUUUGAAUUUGGAAGGACAGAGCUUCUUCAUUUAUCCAGUGGUAUAGUAGCAAAUGCAACCACUUUAGACGAUUUGCGUCGUGCUCCAGAUAUAGGUGAAGGUUGUUUGAUGGAUUUUAUAUCAAAUCGCCUGCUUGUUGAUGACCCUGACAUUUUUUCGCCGAUUAAGAUGUCGAAACUAAAAACGUUUACGUCGAUGCAAAAGACGUCAAAAGUUAGAACCACAAAUGGACAUGAAGUUGCGUUGACAAGCAAUCGAAAUUUGUUUGCCAGAAUGCUCUUGCUGGCAAAAAGCCGGGACGUAAACAUGGAAGAGGUCUUGUCAUUCUCAUUAAACCCACUUCCACUUUCAAUCGCAACAGGAACCGGAGCCCUCGUCAAAACACAAAAAAGUAAGCUAAUGACUGUACUGGAGGAUCAAGUAACAGACGUAAUCGUUGAAUCUAUACCCUCAGGCAACGCGCUAGUCGUUGACGGCAUGGCCAUUAUCCAAACUGCAAGAAAUUUGCCUUCCACUUUCGGUGCCUUUGCAGAGCAAAUCUUCAUCACAGUAAAAGCGUUGGCUGCUCAUCAUUGUUCGCAUCGUGUGGAUUUUGUUAUUGACCGUUAUCCACAGAACAGCAUAAAAGACCUAGAAAGAUCCAGAAGAGCAAGCGAGGGUGUGACAAUCAUUCGUGUUAUUGCUGCUGAUCAAAAACUUCCCGCGCAAUGGUCAAAAUUCUUGAAACAUGGUCAAAACAAGGAAUCUUUGGCCAAUUUCCUUUUUGAAACCUGGACAUCAUAUCCUCCAUGCAUGUUUGGCAGCUUGGACUUCUUUCUGUGCCAUGAAGAGUUUUGCCAUCAUGUUUACAGUAGAGCUGAUACACCAAUGUUACUGGUAGAGGAGGUGCCUGAGUUAUUUUCAGACCACGAGGAGGCAGACACCAGGCUACUACUUCAUGCAAAGCAUGCAUCUCAGAAUCAUAGUGACGUUAUAAUAAAAAGUCCAGACACAGACGUCUUUGUUCUGUGUGUUGCAAAGGCCAAUGAAAUAACUGGUAAUCUGCUAUUUGAGACAGGUGCCAAAGAAAGAAAUAGAAUUGUGUCUGCCAGUGCAGUCUCUCUUGGCAUUGGAACCGAUUUAUCUUCAGCUUUGCUUGGCUUCCAUGCUUUUACGGGUUGCGAUUCCACAAGCUCGUUUUACGGAAAGGGUAAAGUGCGGUCCUGGAAAUUGAUGAAGGAGGACGGUCAGGCUGUACAAGCGUUUAGUCAGCUUGGUAAAGAUUUCAAGGUGGAUGACGAUCUGUUUGUGGAAGUGUCAAGAUAUACAUGCAGUUUAUAUGGUGUUAAAGAAAGGAGCGUCAACACUGCUCGAUACAAGCUUUUUAAACUUGGCAAGUUCGCCGAUGAAGUGCUGCCACCAAACGAGGACUGCUUGAGAAAACACAUACAGCGAGCAAAUUACCAAGCAGCAAUUUGGCAGAGAUGUACAUCACAAGCUGUCCUUAACCUACCAUCUCCUUUGAAUCACGGUUGGCUGUCGCUGGAUGAUGGUUCGCUUGGGGUACAUUGGAUGGAAAACAGAUGCGCCCCUGAUAUGAUAUUAAAGAAUUGCUUCUGCAAGUGCAAAAUUGGGCGCUGUGAAAAUAUGAGGUGUACGUGCAAAAAAGCAACAAACAAAUGCAGUGAGCUUUGUCAAUGCAUUGAUUGCUCAAACCUUUGCCCACAGCUGGACGAUCUGGACGAAGAUGAACAGACUGACAGUGACAGCGACAUUAGCGAUUCAGAUUUAUUCGAGUAACGAUGUAUAUA